AUGGAUAUACAAAUGCUUCUUAAGACCCUACUUACAUUGUAUCUAGGGGAAGGCCUCGAAAACUUUGCGAAAUUCAUGAGUUUUUUUUGACAAUGACAAGAUUGCAUCUUGGAUUUCUGGAGAAAGACCUGGCAGAUCGUUUCGACGUCACUCAGCAGGAAGUGUCAGAAAUUUUUUCAACCUGGGUUGAUUGGAUGUUUGAUUGCCUUGGGCAACUUAGCUUUUCUACAGACAGGGAAUCCAUAAAAAGACGUUUAUCGGAAUGCUUUUAA